AUGGGCAAACCAAACGGCAAAACAAACAUCAAACGCCCCGCAAAGACGGCAUCGUCGCCCAUGAAGAACAACGCCAACAGCCUCAUCUCAGUGGACAGAACAGCAUUCGACCCGACGCUAGCCUCGCUGUUUGAGACAAGUGCUGGUCCUGUGCAGGCACCGCCCAAGUCACGCUACAAGGACCUCGUGCCAGCGAAGCCAUCGAAACCCUGCCAAGGAGCAGAAAAUGACGAAGAAUUGAGCUCAGCUUCCGAGGGCUUACCAUCGGACGAUGACGAUGAGAACGCCGAGGAGGACGAGGAGCACAGUGAUGAGGAUAGUGCCGUGGACAGUGCCGUGGACGACAUAGACAGCGAUGACGCCUCGUCCAUGCAUGGUACCGAUGCAGAGCACUUGGAAAAUGAGGCUGCUGUGGCCAGAAUGCACGUUUCGGCACGCCGUGGCGCCUUGGAGAAGCAGCCCAGCAACAAACGCAAGCGGACGGGCGAGGAGGAAAUAGAGGACACAUACAUGCGCAAGGUCGCGCGCGAGGAAGAAAAGGAGGAGGAGCAACGGCAGAAAAAGCGCAAGACCAAGACCGCUGCAUUGCCCGCCAAGGACGAUGCUUCUGACAGGUCGGACAGGAUUGAGCAGCCGCUUGCAGUACCACAGCACGAGUCACUCAUAGGAACUACAGACAAGGAGUCAUCCGAGGUCGAGAAAGCCUCGCGCACCGUCUUCCUCAGCAACGUCUCCUCCGAAUGCAUCAAUUCCAAGGCCGCCGAAAAGGCUCUCAGAAAGCAUCUCGAGUCCUUCCUUGUCGAUCUUGCCGACAACAAUCCGCCCCACAAGAUCGAAUCUAUCCGAUUCCGCUCUACAGCUUUCGCCAGCUCUCUUCCCAAAAGGGCUGCCUUCGCAAAGAAGGAGAUCAUGGACUCGACCACCAAGAGCACAAAUGCGUACGCUGUAUACACCACCAAGGUCGCAGCUCGGGAGGCUGUCAAGAGGCUCAAUGGCACACUUCUUCUGGACCGCCAUCUUCAUGUCGACUCCGUCGCCCACCCUGCAAAAGUAGAUCACCGUCGUUGCGUUUUUGUUGGCAAUCUUCCGUUUGUUGACGACAGAGAACCCGCCUCUACAGAUGAGAAGCCCAAGAAGCCCCGACCGUCUUCCGAUGUCGAAGAAGGAUUGUGGGUGCAUUUUGCCAAAGCCGGCAAGAUCGAGAGCGUCCGUGUAGUCCGCGAUGCUCAGACCCGCAUUGGCAAAGGUUUUGCCUACGUUCAAUUCGUUGACGAGAAUGGUGUAGAAGCCGCCCUCCAACUGAACGAGAAGAAAUUCCCACCUUUACUCCCACGUAUCCUACGCGUGACACGAUGCAAAGCUGAGAAGAAAAAGGACAAGACUCGUGCGCCCCCGCCAACCAAACUACUCAGACCCGGAGCCAAGGGUGGUUAUGUGGCCAAGUUGACGGGAGAGCAGAAGUCCAUGCAGGGUCGUGCGAGAUCCAUGUUGGGCAAAGUAGCAAAGGCGCAGACGAAAGAAGGCUUCAUUUUUGAGGGCCACCGUGCUAGUGAAAAGCAAGGCAAAGGUGGUCUGAAGUUCAAGGGAAGUGGUGGUGCAAAGAAAAAGGGGCCGAAUGGUCGGAAAAGUCGCAGCGCAACAUGGAAGAAGACUGGUGCGAAGAAGUAA